UGCCUCAUGACAUGUACCCUGACGGGUGCUCUGCAAAAAUGAAAUAUAAAUAAAUCAAAAUAUUGAACAAUGGCAUGUAAUUCACAGAACACUGUAAAUGGAGCGAACAUAUCACAAUCGGGAGUUAUUUAUCACGCCUUCUUUGUUAUUGAGAUUGAUCUGUACGCUCCCUACCAUAUUUUUAUGUCUUUUUUUUAUGCUACCUUCGACUAUCAAGCACCAAGAGUAUUCCAUGCUCAGCCUUGUUCAAACCCUAAGCCUAAGUGGGUUGAGAGGUCUCCCUCUCUGCCUGCAUUCUCCAAAGCUCAGGGCUUGUCGAAAUGAAUUUUAUUUUUCGAGGAGUUUUGGGGCAAAAAUGGCGUCAGAGAUCAUGCCUCGCAUCAAGCUAGGAAGUCAAGGACUGGAGGUUUCCAAAUUGGGUUAUGGUUGUAUGGGUCUGACUGGAAGGUACAAUGCUCCUGUACCAGAAGAAGAUGGAAUUGCAAUCAUGAAGUAUGUCUUUGACAAGGGCAUUACAUUUUUUGAUACUUCAGAUGUAUAUGGACCCAACCAUAUGAAUGAAAUACUAGUGGGAAAGGCAUUGAAGCACUUACCUCGAGAUAAAGUCCAAUUAGGGACAAAAUUCGGCAUAUUGAAGAUAACAGAAACAGAGCUUGUGGCUAAUGGCACCCCAGAAUACGUUCGACAAUGUUGUGAAGCAAGCCUUAAACGCCUUGAUGUGGAUUAUAUUGAUCUUUACUAUCAGCACAGGGUAGAUACAUCUGUGCCCAUCGAGGACACUAUUGGUGAACUUAAGAAGUUAGUGGAAGAGGGAAAAGUUAAAUAUAUUGGGUUGUCUGAAGCCAGUAUGGAUACCAUACGGCGUGCGCAUGCUGUGCAUCCAAUCACCGCUGUACAGCUUGAGUGGUCCUUGUGGUCUCGUGACAGUGAAGAUUGGAUAAUUCCUAUAUGUAGGGAACUCGGUAUCGGGAUAGUGCCCUAUAGCCCCCUUGGUCGUGGUUUCUUUGCCGGAAAGGCAGUCGUGGAAAGUUUGUCCAAAGAGAAUGACUUGGUUGCCCAUCCAAGAUUUAAAGGAGAAAACUUUGAGAAGAAUAAAAGUAUAUACAUUCGCAUUACAAACUUGGCUGGUAAGUAUGGCUGUACCCCUGCUCAACUGGCUCUUGCAUGGGUUCUGUAUCAAGGCGAUGAUGUAGCUCCUAUUCCAGGGACAACUAAAAUUAAGAACCUUGAUGAGAACCUUGAGUCCCUGAAGUUGAGGCUCACAGUUGAUGAUAUCAAGCAAAUUACUGACUCAGUGCCACUUGACGAGGUUGCGGGUUCUAGAGCCGAAACGAAUAUGUACAAUUCCAUUUGGAAGUUCACAGAUACUCCUCCAAAGAGAUAGCAGGCGCACAAUUCAUCAGAAAAUAAAAAGACCACAAGUUCUGAACUCAACGGUAAAGGCUUGUUUUUCAUCUUCUGAGGAUUCUGAGGGUUCACCUACUAUGGAUAAUUGUACUAUUAUUUAUUCUCUGCUUUUCUCAGAAAAUAAUUAGUGGUGUUUCAUAUGCUGCAAAAAGUGAGGAUAAAAUUGGACCAGUGCAUGCUGCUCUCUCAAAAAAUAUUCCAUGGAUGUUUUUCCAUCAGAAUUGUAACGGAAAGUGGCAGUAAGACUUUUUUGAAAUUAUAAAUAGUGAAAUUUAGUAAAA